AUAAUUAAUUGUUCGACAUGCCGGUGGAAAACGAAAAGUCAUUUUUCAAGUUUUCGCAGGAAAUCGAACGAGAAUUGAAGAAUGAUCUGAAAAAAAUUCAAAUUAGCGGAGAACAUAUUUCCGACGAAAUCAGUGAAGAGAAAUACAGAGAAUUGAUUCAUUGGCUCGAGACUACUCCAAAAAAUACUGUUUUGCGAAUAACUCCUCCAAUAAACAAUUCUGAUGAAUUAAUCCGAAUUUUAAGAAAUUCCAGGGCAAAGGAAAUCGAUGAUUACGAUUUUUCCAUAUUUCUCAGGAUUCCAGAAUUGAUCGUUGUUAGUCGAAAAAAUAAUUCUGAAGUGGAUAACAAUUCAGGAAUAAUUUUGCAAUCGAAAGAAGUGAUUGUGGACGCUUUAUGUGGGUCUGCUGUCCUCAGGGGGGCACCUGUGUUCGCUCCAGGUGUAAUGGGUCUUACCUCAGGUUCGAAAAUAGGAGAUGUGGUGAGCGUCUUCGCCGACGUCUCAGGUGCUUGCAAAAAAGGUUUCACGAGGGAAUUCCUCCAUCCGAAAAAAUACCUAGGAAAUGGAAUUCUUCUCCAAAAUCGAAGCUCCAUUUUUCUCGAUGGAGAAAGUGGUACUGGAGUUGCAGUAAAUAUGAUUGAGACAAUAUCUGGAGUUCCCCAAAUUUCCGAAGAGGAGAUCCCCAGAGGGUUCGGUCUAUUCCAGAAUUUUCCCUCUAUCAUUUGCACCAGAAUAUUGGAUCCCAGUCCUGGGGAAUCAGUUCUGGAUCUCUGCGCCGCUCCAGGAAACAAAACCACCCACAUAUCCUUCCUCAUGAAUAACCGAGGGAUCUUGAUCGCUCUAGAAAAGGUCAAAUCCAAAAUCGAAAAAUUGACAAACCAGUGCCAUGACUUCAACUGCAGGAACGUUCGAAUUUUUUGCUUUGACUCGACAAAAUCAGUCGACGAAUCACAAGUGGAACUUAAAAAAAUUGAGUCUGGACCACCAUUUUCCAGAGGAGUUUUCGAUCGGAUCCUUUUGGAUGGUCCCUGCAGUGUCCUUGGAAAAAGGCCCCAGAUAUUCAACAAGAUAAAUCAUAAAGAAUUGAAAUCCUUCGUUCCCCUCCAAAGGAAAUUAUUCUCUGCUGCUGUGGAGCUGCUCAAGGUUGGAGGUAUCCUAGUGUACUCCACGUGUACGGUUACUAUUUCUGAGAACGAGGGAAUCGUCGCCUGGGCUUUGAAGACAUUUCCCAAUCUGGAAUUAACGUCUGCCAGGGAAAAAUACGAGACGUUUGAGUUGGACAACUUUACUGUGUCCCCAGGAUACAGUGUCGACGGUCUCACCCCUGAUAAUGCUCUGAAAGUACUCCGAUUUGGUCCUGGAAGCGAUUGUGUAGGGUUUUUCAUAGCGUCGUUCAAAAAAAAGAGAUGAUAAAUUAAAAUGAACGAUCAAAUUUCCCAUGGGAUUAAAAAAGGAGCCACGAAUGUUGAAUAGACUUCAAAUUCAAAUGAUAAUGUGUCUUUAAUUACUUCAAAAUUAUUUUAUGUUGCCUCCGCACUGAGAAAAACAUUUCUACCAAUCAAAUUCACUUGUGCUAUACGAAUUUACG